AUGUCUUCGCAAAGUCAAUUUGGUCAUUCCAAUUUUACAAAUGCCAUAGAAAUUCAACAACAACUAGAACGUGAAAUCCAACAAAGUUACAUCAAGACGCGCACUUUAAAUGGCAAAGAUACUACAUAUGUUGAAUGGUUUACUAUAGUUCAAAUGGCAAAUAACAUUUUUGGAGAAGAUGGAUGGUCUAACGAGAUUACUGAGUGUGUCGUCGACUCUAUAACAUGUGAAAAUGGUAUUUAUGAAGUGACUUGUACUGUUCAACUUCGUGUAUAUUUAAAGAAUGGGGUAGUAAGGGAAGAUGUUGGGUGUGGAAUAGGCAUCGACAAAGAAAAGGGUAACUCAGUUAUCUCCGCCAGAAAGGUUGCAGUCUCUGACGCUUUAAAACGGACACUAAGACUCUUCGGAAACAACUUGGGCAACCACUUCGACCCAAUCAAAUGA